AUGCCCGAGGUGAUGAUUGAUACAAGUAGCAGAGAAUAUCUGACACUGCAAACCAAACGUUCCCCCAUGGAAGUUCUGUCGACGACUACAAUAAAUAAUUGGAGUAAUGGGCAGAAUCUCUCACACGGUUCUCAAGAAAACUAUCCCAAUGGAAGAUCUCUGCUUAGUGCUUAUACCAAACAAAUUAACUCUUUAACCGAACCAUCUCAAGUAGGAAGCUUCAUCUUGAGUUCAAACAUCGUUGAAACAGUUCCAUACGAAACUCAACCCGAUAUCACUGAAUCAACAAACUACAAUCGCACUAAGAAGCCCAGAGAGGUAAAUAAUAUAAACAAUGUUAUCGUCAAAGAGAAAAUAACCGAACAUGUGACAGACAUCGUGCAAACAAUUGAAAAAGAGAACAUACCAGCAAUUGCUGUUUCAGAUGUGACAGUACUGUGGAUCGCAUUGAGCAGUACAGUAAUCAUCAUGAUUGGUCAGAUUCUGUUCUGCUUUCUUACUUGUGGUCAUUAUAUCCUUCAACUCAAAGAAGACUGA